ACGGCAAGAGAUAGAGCGCCGCCAUGCUACCCCAUGUUAAUAACCUUCACUAACAUUGGCUUUUGCCUUUUUUCCAUGGACGGCGGUUGGGAACAAUUAAUAUAGCAAUUAAUGGCCUGCAAUUAAUAGAAUAACAUGCCUCUAACAAAAUGUGUGGGGAGUCCCAAAGCUUAUGCAGCUAGACCACAUUUAGAGAUGCCACAGAAUUCUUCGCGCUUCUUUGCCGCAGCAGAGGCAAAGAGGGCUACCUUUCCGGAAAUUAUUAGGAAAGAGUGCUGACGUCACCGGAAGUUAGGCAUAGCCUAUGGAGGAGUCCAGCUGCAAAGAAAAUUCCGCCGUGCAACUACAGUGCUUCCGUCUCUAUGUCGGAGGCGGGCGGUGCGUUGCGAAAAGGGUCCGUGUUGCCGUUCCUUAGGAGGGAAAAGAGACGUUCGUCAUGUCAACAAGCUACACGUCGUCGGAGUUACACUUCGGCCAGGCGGUGAUUGGGCCUCCUGGUUCAGGGAAAACGACUUACUGUCUCGCCAUGCAGGAGUUCCUUUCUGCAAUUGGGCGUAAAGUUGCUGUGGUAAACCUGGACCCAGCCAAUGAAGGAAUUCCCUACCAGUGCGCUGUGGAUAUCUCAGAACUGAUAACAUUGGCUGAUGUGAUGGAGAAUUUGAAACUGGGACCCAAUGGUGGCUUAAUCUAUUGCAUGGAGUACCUGGAAGCCAACUUUGACUGGCUGCAAGAGAAGCUAGCACGAUUUAAGGGACAUUAUUUCUUAUUUGACUGCCCUGGACAAGUAGAGCUGUGCACCCACCAUAGUUCAUUGAGAAACAUCUUUGCUCAGCUUGCUAAAUGGAACUUCAGGCUGGCUGCUGUCCAUUUGGUGGAUUCUCACUAUUGCACAGACCCUGGCAAGUUUAUUUCCAUUCUCUGCACUUCCCUCUCCACCAUGCUGCAUGUCGAACUUCCUCAUGUAAAUGUCCUCUCCAAAAUGGACCUGAUCGAACAGUAUGGGAAACUGGCCUUCAAUUUAGAUUAUUACACUGAGGUUCUUGAUCUGUCAUACCUAGUGGAUCAUCUGGCUUCAGAUCCUUUCUUCAAGAAUUACCGUCGCCUGAAUGAGAAGCUUGUGGGAGUCAUUGAGGACUACAGCUUGGUCUCCUUUGUGCCUCUCAAUGUUCAGGACAAAGAGAGCAUGCGGUGUGUGAUGCAAGCAGUAGACAAGGCCAAUGGCUACUCCUUCGGGGAUGGGGAGCACAGAAGUCUCGAAGUCCUGAUGUCUGCGGCCGUGGGGGCUGAUUUUCACUUCUCAUCCACACUGGCAGUCCAAGAGAAGUAUGUGCAGCCGGAGGAGAAAUCAGUGGAACAAGAAAUCAUGGACGUGUAAACGAGGCCUGCUGCAGGAGGUGUCAUGGGAUGAUAACUCAUCCUGCCUAAGGUGUCUUCACAUCAAUAUCAGGAGAGAGGCCAGUGCAUGUUUUCACAAGGCCCAAAGAAUUAUGUCAAACAGAGACUGCAACAGGACAGCUUGUAUCUUUUAGGUUCCUUUCAGAAAAGAGCAACGAUUCUGGAAUUAUUGGAAGCUUCCGUAGCAGAGAGAAAGACAAACCCACCUUUCUUUUCUCGCGCGAAGAAGGUACACACAUCUAAAAGAUUUGUAGUUGGCUAAAUAAAUGUUGGUGGUUGGGCAGCUGCAAAGCCCAGGAUAUGGCAAGAGAUGAGAGCUGAUCUCCACCAACAGUAAAAAUAAUCAACAUUGUCAGGAGGAUUUCUGCAGUAACUGUCCAGGAUAUCUUUCCCUAUGUUUCAUUGAGAAACAUAAAGUGACAAGCAGCCAAAUACA